UAAUAAUUAAUUCAACUCAAACAAAUUAGCAACAAACACUAUUAAUUAAUUUGUUAAAAAUAAAAGUGAUAAAACAAGAAAAGAAGCAAGAAGAAAGAAGAAAGCGACAAAGAACAUUUUCCCGAUAAACAGCGAUAAAUUCAAAGUCAAAUGAAAAUGGAAGUACUCGCAAUGCAAUCCAACUACAACUACAGUGCUGUCCUGGGAUCCAACAAAGCUCGAGAUUGGACCAGCACAUUGACACCGCCCACGUCCGCCGCAGUGGCUAAGAAGGUCGCCGUCUCUGCUGCCGCCAGCAGCGCAGCUCGCAAGAGCGUCAGCCAGAACACACACAGUAUUAAGCACAAGCAGCAAGUGAACCGCAGCAGCAGCAGCGGCAGCAACAGCAGCAGCGGCGGAAGCAGCGUUAGCAAGAAAACCAAAACAAUGAACAGCAGUCCUUACAGUAGCGUCUACAGCUGUGAUGAGUUGGAUGAGCUUUCGGUGCGCAGUGAUGUUGAUGCGGCGGCUGUAAACGAACUGUCGCUCAAUCUGCUCUCAAAGCUGCGGGAGGCAAAGGCGCGUCAUUUGACAUGCACCGAAGUGUCGCUACCCUGUGAUCUCACGCCCAGCAUUGCGGCGGAAAUAAUACGUGUGUCGGAGAAGGAGCCAUGCGGCAUUCGCGGCUGCACCAUCUAUGUGGAGUUCGAGGAUGAGCCGCAGAAUUCGCGACGCAUUGCAUCGCUCAAAGUGGAUCCCGAAACGGUAUCCACAUUCGAGGUAUAUCUAACACUGCGACAGGAUCAUCGCGGCUGGACGGCACUGUUGCCGCAGUUCAUGAAGAGUCUGGCACGCACCAUCACCAUCAGUCCAGAGUAUACCAUCACCAAGCAUAAGCUAUACUCAGCCGAUGGCUUGGGUGCCAGGCGUACCUACAGCUUUGGCUCAAGCUCAAGCUCAAGCCAUAGCCAGGCGAUUGCAACGCCAACGAUAUAAGUGAUUAAGAGAGCGCGUCUCGAAAGAGAGUGAUCGAAAGCGAGCGAAUGAGAGAGAGAGAGAGUAAGAUAGAAGCGAGCCCAGCGAGUGCGAAUUAUAAUAAAGCGCGCCCAACACCGCCCAACACCCCCUGUGAUGUCGAGAGCAGUAGUUUGUUGCGAGCGCAACGCGACGACGAAGCAAGUAUUCGAAGCCACCCCACCUACACACACACCAACACACCAACACAUACACACAUUAAACACUUAUACGCAUACGAAUUAGUAUACGACACACACGAACACACACAAACACACUCAUACUAAUACAAUUCGAAGAUUGCUGUGAAUCUCACGCAACUCUUCGAAUUUCAAUUUUGUAAUUGUGACUCUCACCACCAUUUUACUUAGAUGCGUAGUAGAUGCUAUUAAAAAGCAACAACAAAAACAAAAUAACAAAUAACUAGUGUUUUAAGUUGUUUCUCCUUUUUCAACAAAACAAGAAAAAAAAAACAAAAUUAAAAUACAAAAAAAAAAAAACAAAAACAAAAUGAAAACAUGAAAUUCAAAGACGGCAACCCGCAAGCCACAGGCAGCAACAGCAAUCUGACAAGCAUUGGGCAACCCUAAUCCCCCCACAAUUUAACCACCCCCUUGGUGGCCAACAGCUUUGAGCGCGCUCGCUGCCCAGGCCGCUGCGAGGGUUGCUUAGUCGACAACUCAUGAAUAUGUGAUACUGUUUAAGAUGCUAAGAGUUUUUUUGGGUGCGCUCGCAAGUACGGCCACCCAAAAAACGAAUGAUAAAAUAUAUACACACACACACACACAAACACACCCACACUCCACACACAAACACACAACAAAAUAGAAGAGAUACAACUAAAUGUGAACAGAUUUUUUUAAAUUGUAUGCUAUUAUAGUAAUAAACAAACCAACAACAACAACAACAACAAACAAACAAACAACAAAAAAACUUGAUCUUGAUAAAUUUAAAAUUUAACUGUACGUUUAAUAUGUAGAACGAGCAUAAGAUAAAAAAUGGAGAUAAAGCGAAGCAAGAGAGAAAGAAAGAGAAGUUGAUAACGCUCCAAUUUUAGUUAGACGCAGCUUGCUGCAUUAAAAAUUUUUUAAAUUAUUAAUUAAUCUUAAUUAAAACCAACAAAUUUUAGGAUUUUAACCAAUUUUUAUAUAUUAUUAAAUGUAUAGCGCCUACUACAACAACAAAUACAAAAACAUCAUUAAAAUUACAACACGAUAAAAAUAAAAAUACAAAAAAAAAAACAAAAAUUGAUUAAUAAUUAAUAUUUGCUUAAAUGUUAAGGCAAAAAGAAUAUCUCAGUAAAUGUGAAAGCGUAAAAAAUUUGUAAAAUUUUUUUUUGUCUGUGUAAAACUCCAAUUGCGAUAAAAAUAAAUAAUUAAAUUAAACAAAAAAACAAACAAAACGAAAAAAUUUAAAUGUAGAUGCAAAAAUUAAUAAUAAUUAAAGAAGCAACUAAAAUGCAAUGCGAUAUAAUUUUUAAAAAUUACGAUUAACGUAACAAAGAAAACUUAAUGUUCUCACACAUACACACAUACACACACUCACACACAAAAGUAUCUAUACCAGCUAAAAGUAUCUUAACUUAAAAAA